AUGGCGCCGCCACAUCGUCGCGGAGGCUGGUCUGCUGCGGGCCCUCCUCCUUGGCGAGAUUCUGAUGCGAAUGGCUACUGGAAGUGCUGCGCUUGCGGCUGUGGCAAGAACCUGGCCCGAUACUGGUUCUGCAAGCAGUGCCACGGCAAGCGCAAGGAGGUGGAGGCAGCGGCGCCCCCGCCGCCCAGCGGCGCCUGGGCUGCCCCCUGGGCGGACUGGGACAAGUGGGCAGCCAGUGGGGCCACGUCGGCGGCCCUGCCCGUGGGCCUCCAGGGAGGCACCAGCCCCCCGCCGGUGGCCGGCGACGAGGACAAGCUGUCCGAGGAGGAGCUGCUGCAGCUCAUCUCCCUCAACAAGAAGAUGGGCAACUCGUCGGCCGCCACGGCCCUCCAGCAUCGACUUGACAAGCGCCGCGUCGGCGAUGCUCCUGUACCGCUUCAGGCUCAGGCGUACCAGGUCGACCGUCAUAUCAAGCAGCUGGAGAAGAAGCUUCAGCAUGACCUGGAUCAGUACACUAAGUGGCAGAACUGGCUCCAUGACAAGAAGGAGUCCAUCGGUUCUAUUCGUCGUGAGCUGGCCGCAGAGGUUGGCAAGUACCAGUCAUUGGUGGAGCAGCUGCGCACUCAGGUUUGUCCGCCUCCAGCUGCCCAGCCGAAGGCACGCGUGUCACUCCAGGACCUUUUGUCGGGAGAGAGUGACUUCCUGGACAUGUCCAACAUGGAGGAGGUGUUCGGUAUCGACAGCUCGGUGUACGAGGUGCAGGAGGCCGACGCUAAGGAGCUGGAGAAGCGCACGACCCAGCUCAAGGAGGCCAUCCAGGCAUCGGCACGCCAGUUGUUCGGAGAGGCGAAGAAGAAGUUCGACGAGCUCAAGAAAGCCCACGCAGCUCAUGUCGGCAAGCUGGGCAAGAAGCGUAAGGUUGGUGCUGAAGGUGCGGCUGCAGCAGCGGCACCUGGCGACGACGGCGGGGGUACCAAGCCUGAUGCGGCGCCGCCUGCGAGCGGAGGAGGCGAGGGGACCUCUUCAGCGGCGUCGUCGGGGGCGCCACCUUCUGCGUCGGCCUCGGCAUCAGCAACGGACCUCCUUGGUUUCGAAAUCUCAUUGGUCAAAAUCGACUGGGAGUACCUGGUCAUCGGCGGCGACUUCGGGGUCGACGGGUGUGUCGCAAUUUUGGUCCGCUCCUUCCUGGGCUUUCACGAUCCCGAGUUCGGCCCGAUCGUCGUCCCGUCCAGGGCUAUGAGUGGAAUCGUCCAGGUGCCAGGGGCCGUUACGGUUUUGGUCUCAUCGGUUUACCUGUACGACAGCGAAGAGCUUACAAGCAGGAAUCUUGACAUACUGGCGGCCGUCUCGGCCAGGCACUCGCUCUACGAGGGUCCAAACGUGAUAGGCGGCGACUUCAAUAUGAUUCCAGAGGUCCUGGUUUCUUCGGGGGUCCCUGGGUAUCUGAAGGCGAAUGUUAUAUACCCUGAUAUCGGCACAUGUUCUAGUACUGGGGGUUUACGAGUCCUGGACUAUUUUGUGCUAUCGUCAGGUUUUACCCGUUGCAUUCAGGAAGUCACCGCCGCCCUCGAUAGCGACAUCAAGACGCACGCGCCCGUGCGCAUUCUCUUCCACCCGCAGUUGGCUGAGCUUAAGGCCCUCACUUUCCUCCGACCGCCGAAGUUGCCAGCGGGGUGCCCGAUUGGCCCCGCGCCGUGCACGGAGAAUCACGCCCACGUUUUGGACUGCGCCCGAGAAGGGCGAGAGCUUAUCCAGAGGGGGAAAAACGCCCACCGCUGGACCCGCGAGCUGAAGCCCUGGGUGGCCACGACCACGCUGUCGGCCGACGGCUUGGUCCUCUCGGAUCCCAUGUCCCUCCUGAAGUCGGAAGGUGAACGUUUCGGGGCUCUCUGGGAGUCUGCCUCGCACCCGCCGCCCGAGGAUCAGGAGCCCCUCGAGUUCUUAGAGCCUUUGGAAGUACUCUCGGCGGACGAUUUGAUAGCCGUGAGUAAGACUUAUGCUUUAGGCACGGCUUCCAGCGUCGAUGGGUUUCGCAUGCGGCAUUUCGCCCUUAUGCAUCCCGACUUGCUGAUUGCCGUCAGCGCCAUGUUUUCGAUGAUGGAGGUUCAGCAGACUCCCUGUGCUCUAGGCUUCGCGGGUCUACGCGACGCUUGGACUCAGACGUGGGCCAACCCGCCAGCUGCGUGGCGGCAGGUGCGGGGCCCCAUAGGUGCUAUGUUUCUGCCCCUCAAGCGCAUCGGCUGGAGCAUGCCCAGCUACGCGCAGAUGGCGAACGACCUUGGCGUCACCUUCUCUCUCACGACCUCUUCCCCCAAAUUGAUCAAGAACCUUCUGCGGGAAGCUGUCAUUCGUCAACUGUGCAGGCUGCCAGGCGAGAAGCUCGGAGUUGGUGCCAGGCUCUGCUACGAUUCUGUGACUCGCGACCUCAGCAGUUCGAAAUACACGCCGUUCGAGAAAGGCUCGAUCAGAGCCAACGUCUGCGGUGCCUGCUGGACCAAGGAGCGUGCGACCCAGUGUGGUUAUCAACUCCAGGACACGUUGCGCUUUGUGCGGCGGGCCCUCGGACUCGAUUUUCCACAGGCAGCGGAGUAUUGGUCCAGGGUGGAGCGCGGCUGGCACCCGAAGGAUUUCGGAGGUGGUACUUUGACUGUGGUCUCAGACGCCAGCGCGAGAGACGGCACGAAGAUCCGCAUGACAGGUCUUCCGGCCCACAUCGAGUGGCAGGACGUCAAGGAUUUCUGCAGCCAGAUCGGGAAGAUAGCGUUCUGCGAGGUGAUCAAGCCGCCGCCGUCGCCGCUGGAGCAGCUGGCGCAGCUGGCGCAGCAGCCUGUGCAGGUCGUGGGGCAGCCGGCGGCGCUGCAGCUCGUGGGCGGCUUCCCGCAGCAGCCCAUGCUCCUCCAGCAGAUCGGCGGCUGCUCCGCGCCCGACGGCGGUGGCGGCCUGCUGCCUGAGGGCGACGGCAAGGGCAAGGGCAAACGACGGCGGCCACCUCAGUACGGUGCGGACGGCAAGCUGUGCGGCGAGGUCCGCUACGAGAGCCCCGAGCAUGCCCAGCAGGCGAUCGCCGCGCUGCACGGCAGCAUCCUCGGCGGUGAGCAGAUCAAGGUCCUGAAGCACGGGAUGAACAACCCCCUGGGGACCAAGCUCUGGGGGCGUGCGGCUGCGGCGUCAGCCCUGCCACCACCUGGCGCGAGCUGA